AUGGGGCACAACGCGAGCUGGGCUUCAGCCGCCGAAAGCGAGCGGGGGCUCCCUCAGGCUAUCACCGGCGCUUUCAACGCGUCGAGCGCGCACGCGGUAGGGGUCAACAGAAGCUCCCCUGGGACUUUAGAAGGUGUGGGGUUCAGAGAAGGACAGACCUACAGACAUUUUACUACCACCGUACAAAUUGUCAUCUUCAUAGGCUCUUUGCUAGGAAACUUCAUGGUCUUGUGGUCAACAUGCAGGACAUCGUUUUUUAAGUCUGUAACCAAUCGGUUGAUUACGAACUUGGCCUGCUCGGGGAUCUGUGCCAGCCUAGUCUGCGUGCCUUUUGACAUCAUCCUCAGUGCCAGUCCACACUGCUGCUGGUGGAUCUAUACCAUGGCCUUCUGUAAGAUCAUCAAAUUCUUGCACAAAGUCUUUUGCUCAGUGACCAUCCUAAGUUUUCCUGUCAUUGCUCUAGAUAGGUACUAUUCAGUUUUAUACCCACUGGAAAGGAAAAUAUCAGAUGCCAGGUCUCGAGAUCUGGUGAUCUACAUCUGGGCACAUGCAGUGGUGAUGAGCAUUCCUGUAUUUGCUGUGACCAAUGUCUCCGAUAUUUACGCAAUGUCCUCUUGCACUGAACCCUGGAAUUACUCCAUUGGCCAUUUGGUAUAUGUAAUUAUUUACAAUAUUACCACUGUGAUAGUGCCGGUGGCUGUGGUGUUUCUCUUCAUGAUCCUUAUCCGCAGGGCCCUGAGUGCCAGCCAGAAGAAAAAAGUCAUCAUUGCUGCCUUAAGAACACCUCAGAAUACCAUUUCUAUUCCUUAUGCCUCCCAGAGAGAAGCUGAACUUCAUGCCAUGCUGCUGUCCAUGGUUAUGAUCUUUAUUUUCAGCAGUAUCCCCUAUAUGAUUUUGGUGAUUUACCGUACUGUACUGAGUUCUUCUGACCCUUCUGUGUUCUUGCUUCUCACUGCCAUCUGGCUGCCCAAAAUAUCACUGCUGGCCAAUCCUCUGCUCUUCUUGACUGUUAACAAAUCAGUACGUAAAUGUUUAGUAGGAACAAUUGUGCAGUUACACCGAAGAUAUAGUCGGAGGAACAUUGUCAGUUCUGGAAGUGCUGCAGAUGCCAACCUGGAACCUCGUGUCCGAUCUGGUAGCCAGCUGCUGGAAAUGUUUCACAUUGGGCAGCAGCAAAUUUUUAAGCCUACAGAGGAUGAGGAAGAGAACGAGACUAAAUCCACUGGUUCUAAUGACUACCAGCAAAAGGAAAUCCCUACAACCAGCUUGGAUGUGGAACAAACUUUGGUUCAGAGGACUAUGCCGCACGUGGUUGCAGACUCUGCCACACAAGUGGCCCCAGCUAUGCCAACGGAAGCAGAAUUGGCCAGCGAAAAGUAUUCCAUGCAGCUAGGCUUUGGGCCUUUCGAAUUGCCUCCACAGUGGCUAUCAGAAAACCGGAACAGCAAGAAAAGACUGUUGCCUCCUUUGGGGAAUACGCCUGAGGAGCUAAUCCAGACCAAGCAGCCGAAGUGUAAAACAGAAAGAAAAAUUAGUAGGAACAAUAAAGUCAGCAUCUUUCCCAAAGUGGAUUCCUAGUAAAAGCAAGAGCUGUGUGUGACAGGAAGACACAACUCCCUUCUUGCAUAUAUGUGAUCCUAUGGAUCUUUGUUAGGUUGCAAUAUAUUAAAGGCUUAUUUUUGUGCCAAUUUAUGUAAAAACAAAAUGAAAACAUAAAGUGUUCCUUAUGAAUAGAUGUCAGUAUAAAUAUCUCAUGUAUUUAUUUACAUUUAUCC